GCUCUUCGAGGCCAUCGAGGAAGAGAGAGAGCGAGAGAGAGAGGCAUAGCAAGGGAUCAUAGUGCUGUGCGGGAACAAGGGAGGCGGCGAGAGGCCCAAAGGUGUGGUUUUUCUUGCGGUAGUGGGGUUUAGUGGGGGGAUUGGAAAGUUGGGAGAGAGGGAGAGAGAGAGAGAGAGAGAGAGAGAGAAGGAGGAGGAGAGAUGAAGUACGUGCUGGUGACUGGAGGAGUUGUGAGUGGGCUGGGGAAGGGAGUGACGGCGAGUAGCAUCGGAGUGGUGCUUAAGGCCUGUGGACUCCGAAUCACUUCCAUUAAGAUUGACCCAUAUCUAAACACAGAUGCCGGGACAAUGUCGCCGUUCGAGCACGGGGAGGUGUUUGUUUUAGAUGAUGGUGGUGAGGUUGAUUUGGAUCUGGGAAAUUAUGAGAGAUUUCUUGAUAUCAGAUUAAAGCGUGAUAAUAAUAUCACAACCGGCAAGAUAUACCAGCAUGUCAUCAACAAGGAGAGAAAAGGAGAUUAUUUGGGGAAAACUGUCCAGGUUGUUCCUCACAUUACCGACGCCAUACAAGAAUGGAUAGAGCGCGUUGCAAUAAUACCCGUUGAUGGCAAAGAAGGGCCUGCUGAUGUUUGUGUGAUCGAAUUGGGUGGAACUAUAGGGGACUCGAUCUUUUCACGGCAUACUGAGAAUGGCAUUCUUGAUGCAGGGGAUAUUGAAUCCAUGCCAUUUAUUGAAGCUUUGAGUCAAUUUUCUUGUCGUGUAGGUCCUGGCAACUUCUGUCUGGUUCAUGUCAGCCUAGUGCCAGUUCUAAAUGUAGUUGGUGAACAGAAAACAAAACCAACACAACAUAGUGUUCGUGGUCUGAGAGGUCUUGGAUUGACACCUGAUAUCUUAGCCUGUCGCAGUACCACGGCUCUGGAUGAAAAUGUGAAAGAAAAACUCUCCCAAUUUUGUCAUGUUCCGGUAUCAAAUAUAGUCAAUCUCUAUGAUGUUUCAAAUAUUUGGCAUAUCCCUUUGCUACUAAAGGAGCAGAAGGCGCAUGAAGCUCUUAUAAAGGCACUAAACCUUCAAGGUGUUGCUCGUGAGCCCAUGCUACUCGAAUGGAUGGAGAGGGCUAAGAUCUGUGAUACAUUGCAUGAAACUGUUACGAUUGCCAUGGUUGGAAAAUAUACUGGCCUUUCUGAUUCAUAUCUCUCUGUGUUGAAGGCACUACUUCACGCUUCUGUAGCCCAUCGUCGCAAGCUUGUGGUAGAAUGGGUUCCUGCCUCUGACCUUGAAGAAACAACCUUGAAAGAGGCACCGGAAGUUCACAAGGCAGCAUGGAAGUUACUCAAGAGUGCGGACGGUGUACUAGUUCCAGGAGGAUUUGGAGACAGAGGAGUGGAAGGAAAGAUACUAGCAGCAAAAUAUGCCCGGGAAAACAAAAUCCCAUUCCUCGGCAUUUGUCUAGGCAUGCAAAUUGCCGUCAUUGAGUACUGUCGUUCCAUUCUCAAACUCUGGGAUGCAAACAGCACAGAGUUCAACCCAAAUACAACAAAUCCUUGUGUUAUCUUCAUGCCAGAGGGUUCGAAAACUCAUAUGGGAGCGACAAUGCGCCUAGGAUCAAGAAGAACAUAUUUUGAGGUUAUGGACUGCAAGUCUGCAAAGUUGUAUGGCAAUGCAGCCUAUGUAGAUGAACGUCACCGUCAUAGAUACGAGGUCAAUCCUGAGAUGGUAAUGGAACUUGAAAAAGCUGGUCUUGCAUUUGUCGGCAAAGAUGAUACGGGAAAAAGAAUGGAGAUUAUUGAGCUGCCUUCUCAUCCUUACUUUGUCGGAGUCCAGUUCCAUCCCGAGUUCAAGUCAAGGCCGGGAAAACCAUCAGCUCUCUUCUCAGGGUUGAUAGCAGCUUCAUGUGGGCAAUUGGAAACAUUGGUGCAUGGUCAAGGGCAUGUAAACAGGGUACAAACAAAGGUUGUGGCUAAUGGUGUAUUACCACAAAAGGUGUACCCAAAUGGGAAUGCAAAUAAGUCUCGUAAGCUCAUGGUCAAUGGUGCUACCUUCUAUGCCAAUGGCAAUGGUGUUCAUGUUUAA